AUGACAGAGGAAGGUUCCCCCUCCCCAUUAGAGCAGGACUUGGUUCUAGAACUAACUCAUCUCCUUAGUACAACCCAACUACAGGACAUCAUUAACCAAUCUGUCCAAGCAGCACUGACAAUAGCUGCCGCUUCCGGACCAUCCCAAUCCACUCAUCCCCCUGUGCCCGUACCCCUCGGCACAGAACCGACCACAAAGAAAGGAAAAUCUUCCUAUAAAAGGAAGAAUGUGGUGACGGUUUAUGACUCCCCGGCAGGGGAAGCUAAUAAUAUGCGGCGAGCAGAUCCUUCCACGGACUGCCACCCCACGCAUCCUACAGAUCCCUUUCAACCUCUGAGCCUCAGAGAGUCAACAAAAAGGCACGGUUUAGCUAAGAGAGCCAAACCAGACUCAUACGUUUUAGAGUCGGACGACGAUUCAUCCGCCGAGUCGGAUAAAUCAGAUGUCUCAGGAUCUGAUUACUAUGAGGAAGAGGAUGCGGGGGCUUCGGCAAUCCUCCCGGAUGCCAACCCUGACGACCAGGGCAAAGACGUACUAGACGCCAUGGGGGAACCCCUAUUUAACCCGGACACUAUUUCCCAUCCUCGCUCCGGGGACUGGUCCCCACUGCCCCACGUGUCCCAAUAUGUAGAACUCUGGGCACGCAAAACUUUGGAUAAAUCCAAUCGCAAUAAGCUUAGAGCGGAGUGCCCCCGUCCGCAUAUCCCCAUGAAGGCGGUUGUCACACCUUCAGUGGACCCCAUUUUAAUGAAAUACCUGCUGAAAACAGGUAAAAUGCCUAAGAAAGGGAUAGACCGGUCCUUUACAAGUAUCCAAGACCGCAUCCUGGACCUGUUCGGGCCUUUGACCAAAAUUCUGAACUUAGCGGAACAAUCCGCGACAACAGGCCAAGGGGUUGACCUAACACAACUUCGCGGUUGGGCCCAAAGAGCCAUAUGCCUUACGGGCAAUGCCAACACCGCCUGUUCAGUUGAACGCAGGCGCUCUAUACUCAUGCGCCUCGACCCACAGCUAGCCCAUCUAGCGGAGUCCGAGCCAGGCCCCUCAGCAGGGGGCAUGCUUUUUGGCGAGUCCUUAAUAAAGGACAUUAAUAAAUUUGUCGGUAUGUUCAACAGCCUGGAUAAGGCACAAACGUCCCUGAAAAAACCCAACAAUGCCAGAGUUUUUCCCCGGGCCGGCAGAUACAGGGGCCGCUCUGCCGGCCGAUACAACUCGGGCAGACCCUUCCAGAGGUCUUCCGCUCAAACGCACUAUACUCAGGCUCCCACCCACUAUACCACCACCGCGCAACCGGCACCAUUCUUCCCUCCCCGUGGGAGACCCUGGAGGGGACGCGGCCAGAGAGGAUACCCUCGUUCACGCCCGUAUUCCGACUCCUGGGUUCUGAAUACAGUAACAGGUUUCCAAAUAGACCUUGUGUCCCCACCGACUCUGGGGAUAUUGCCACCCCCUAUCCAUUUUUCAGAAGAAAACGUGACCCUCAUAGACACCGAACUUCGGGAAUUGAUAGCCAAACAUGCGGUCACCGAAGUCACCACCCCAUCACCGGGUUUCUUCAGCAACCUCUUCCUAGUCAAGAAGAGGGGGGGUUAUCGCCCGGUCAUAAACCUCCGGGACUUGAACCAACAUGUCGCCUAUCGACAUUUCAAAAUGGAAGGCAUUCACUGCCUCCGAGACCUACUCACCCCCGGGGACUGGUUAGUGAAGGUGGACCUAAAGGACGCCUACCUCACAGUUCCCAUGCACCCGGACUCCCAACAUCUUCUCCGUUUCAGAUGGUGGGGUCGCAUCUGGCAAUUUACGUGCCUACCGUUCGGCCUGUCCUCAGCCCCAUGGUGUUUCACCAAGCUGCUGAAACCGGUCGUGGCAGCGUUGAGGAGCAGGGGAGUGCGUCUGAUCAUCUAUCUGGACGACCUCCUCAUACUAACUCACUCCAAGAAUAUGGCCUAUCGCCAUAUGAAUUGGACCAUCGACCUGUUACAAACCCUGGGCUUCAUUAUCAACCGAGAGAAAUCGGUUCUCGUCCCGGCUCAGGAGAUGGAAUUUCUGGGUUUCUCGAUAGACACCCACCUCGCUAUCCUUCGACUGCCCAGCGCAAAGCUGGCCCUAAUCCGAAAAGAGAUCAGGGCAGUUUUGCGCAAAGGUUUCCUAUCCCUACGCAUCCUGGCACGCAUAGUGGGCCUAUUAGCUGCGUCCAUUCAAGCCAUCUUUCCGGCUCCCUUACAUUACCGAGCCCUCCAGAGGUUAAAAAUCCUACACCUGCGUCAGGGCCUUCGCUACGCGGACGAAGUGUCCCUAUCCCCAGAAGCUCGGGCCGAACUACGCUGGUGGCUCCGUCACGCCACCGACUGGAACGGCCGGACGAUUUUCAACGCACGACCAGACGUAGUCAUAGAAUCGGACGCGAGCCGACGGGGCUGGGGCGCCCGCUUGGGGAUGAGGUCCACGGGAGGGAUCUGGUCCAGGGAGGAAUCCCUGUUGCAUAUCAACGCUUUGGAACUCUCAGCGGCUCUCUUCGCCAUUCAGAGUUUCUUGGCAACACGGACCAAUUGUUGCGUAUUAUUGCGCAUAGACAAUAUUGCGGCGGUUCAAUACAUCAACCGCCUGGGAGGUACCAGAUCCAAAAUUCUAGCGGACAUCUCUGCAGAGAUUUGGCACUUCUGUCUGUCUCGAGACAUCUCUCUUAUAGCGGAGUACAUUCCGGGGGUCUCCAAUACAGUAGCAGACUGGAACUCUCGAUAUCUGGUAGAUUCCAGCGACUGGGGUUUAGACCGUUCGGUUUUCACCCAAAUAGAAUUACUUUGGGGCCCCUUGGGCAUAGACCUUUUCGCCUCUCGCCUCAACCACCAACUGCCCCACUUCUUCAGCUGGAGACCGGACCCAGGGUCCUCGGCUGUGGAUGCUUUCCGCCACUCUUGGACAGGAGGUACGCACUAUGCGUUUCCCCCAUUCUCGAUGAUCCCCAGGGUCCUUCUACAAAUUACCAAUCAGGGAGCUACGGUGGUUCUGAUCACGCCGUGGUGGCCAGCUCAACCCUGGUUUCCCCUGCUGUUGGACUCGAUCAUCGACCACCCCAGACUCCUUCCCCGAUUCCCUCGUAUCCUGUCUCACCCGACCAAGGGCAUUCAUCCCCUGGUGGAGGAAGGCACUCUGACACUCCUGGCGUGGCUGGUCUCCGGGUGCCGGACCCGGGUGACGGCCUUUCAAGCUCGGCUAGAGACCUCCUCGCCAUGGCCUGGGCCCCCGGGACUCGGUCGGCAUACCGAUCAGCCUGGCAAUUCUGGGUACGUUGGUGCGACCAACGGCAAGUUGAUCCCUUGCGUGCCCCUGUAAACGUCAUUGCAAACUACUUGGCAGACUCUUUCUCCUCUGGCAAGGCUUAUAGUUCCAUCAAUGUCUACAGGUCAGCCAUAUCGGCCUACCACUACCCAGUGGAUUCCAUGCCUGUAGGCAAACACCCCCUGAUUUGCAAA